GGUUUAAAAGCUCCGACGACUUUGCUAAACUGAACCGAGCUUGCUUCUGCCGCCAGAGUUAGUUUUGUAAAGCCUGGGCAAGGGCAGGGCCGGGUAGGAUGAGCUCCGGCGGCUGUUCGACGUGCCUGGAGACCGUCUUCGCCGCCGUCCUCCCGCCGCUCGGCGUCUUCUUCCGGUACGGCUGGUGCAGCCCGGAGUUCUUCAUCUCGCUGCCGCUGACGUUGCUCGGCUACGUCCCCGGCAUCAUCUACUCCCUCUAUGUCAUCCUGAAGGCGCCGCCGGAGCUGCCGAGCAUCGACGGCGACCGCCCCUACUACAUCCUCGCCUGAGAAGCUCCUUCGAGCAUAGCGUACGUACAUGCUACUGUAGUUUAGCUCGCUCGCUGCAUACUGUGUCGCCAUUGGUUGAAUUGGAGAUGAUUUGUAAUUAAGCUGUGUGUUAGUGUGUGGACGUAGCCAGUGCUUUGAGGAAUUAGCCACUGUUCUUUCUUUCUUGAUUGGAUUGGUGAUGUGCUGUAUAAUUGUUUCGGCUGUGGAUUAACGUACUCUCGAUGCUAGAAAUUAACAGCUAGUACUAUAGUUUGCAA